UGUGGCACCGCAGUGAGCAGAAACUUGUGCAGCUGACUUUGUGGCUGCACAAUCCCACAGCGCUGAUUCCUUACUGAUUUUAACUCUCGCAAAGUCUUUUGUUGUUCUAUUUCCUACGGCGAGAGAGCGGAGAUGAAGUAAUUGGGCGAAUAUUGCAGCGCGUAAAAUUGUGGAUGGUUACUUUUGCGCACAAACGUUUACAGGAGUAUUCGGUCUCCAAAGGUUGCAGCAUAAACUCAGAGCAGGGCGACUUCUUCUCUUUGACAAAAUAUUGCCCAGAAGCAGGCUGGAAGACCACCGCCUCCGGAGAACACCACGAAUCCGCAGAGCGCAGAUGAUCGCAACUGGUGUUUGUGGCGUCGCGCUGGUGCUGGUGCUGGUGGUUCUGAUCCCCGUCGUGGUGAACUCCGCCGGGAAUCCUGCGCGCUACGAGAUGCUCGGGUCCUGUCAAAUGGUGUGCGACUCCCACGGGACCGCAGCCACAGCCACGGCCAAAGCAACCAACCCAAUCAAAGACAACCGCCUGGUUCAGUCGCUGCCGACUUUCAUCCAAGGUCCUCAAGGAGAGCCCGGGCGCGCAGGGAGGAUGGGACCGAGGGGUCCGGUUGGCGAGCCCGGGCCACCUGGACCUACUGGUCCGCCGGGAGAGAGAGGGGCCCCGGGCCCCCCCGGUCCACCCGGAGCACCCGGAGCGAAUGGCCCCACCGGUGCCAUCAGUGCUGCGACUUACAACACAAUUCCAAAGAUUGCGUUUUAUGCAGGACUGAAAAAGCAGCACGAGGGAUAUGAAGUGCUGAAAUUUGACGACGUCGUCACAAAUCUAGGCAACCACUACGACCCCUCGACUGGGAAAUUCACCUGCUCAAUACCGGGGAUUUACUUUUUUGUUUACCAUGUGCUGAUGCGAGGAGGAGACGGAACCAGCAUGUGGGCUGACCUCUGUAAAAACAACCAGGUGAGAGCCAGUGCCAUUGCCCAAGACGCCGAUCAGAACUACGACUACGCCAGCAACAGUGUUGUUCUACACCUCGAGCCCGGGGACGAGAUUUACAUCAAACUGGAUGGCGGGAAGGCGCACGGGGGCAACAACAACAAGUACAGCACUUUCUCCGGCUUCAUGUUGUACGCUGAUUGAAACAUGGAAACGGUCUGCCACGGGAGGGGGAGGCGCUCUGCAAAAUAGCUUGCUUCAUUUCUCAGUCUCGAUUCAAUGUCAGUUGGAUUAUCAGAGACAGAGCUCACCAUUUCCAUAUUACAAAAGACUGGUGGAUGAUGUGGAGGGAGGCAUGCGGAGGGGGGAAAAAAAAGGGUGGGACGGACUGUACCUGCUCUGUGUAAUUACAUGACAGGAAAAACAAGUCUUAAUGUAUACAUUGUUUAAUUGUAUCCUUGUCAGAUUGAUUCGUGCACCUGGAAUGAUCUCGUAGCUUUACAAAUUAGGUUUGCUGCCAUGUCAGGCAUAUACUUGCCACGCUAACACAUACUGAGUGACUGUAGAUUAAAAGUUGAAUGUAUUGACUCUAAGCAUUGAAAUAUAGAUGCUAAAACAAUGCUCACAUAAUCACCACUGUUCACGGUGUUGUUAGUCUACAUGUGUGCUUUAUUUUUCAAAAAAAAAAAAAUGAGGGAAAAAUGUUCAAAGUUGUAGUGAUGCAUGAUUAUAAAAAGUAACACUUGAACUCUGUGCAGCUUAAAACAUACUUGAACUCUGUAAGGGGCCACAAUGACGUCCAUACUGUCACAACAUGAUCGCCAUAACUCA